AUGACAGUCCAAGAUGCCGUUGCCGGUCUCUCUGUCCGCUCCUCAGAGCUUGUGGAGGCCAUUAUGCCGCGUAUCCGGGACCCGCAUUUUUCGUAUCCGCUUGGCUUUUCCGGCGAUUCUGACCUGAUCACCGCACUAUCAACGUUCCUAAACGACUAUUUCAAUCCCCACGAGCCUGUGCAGCAAUCCCAUAUUGCUACGGCUCCGGGUGCUGCCAGCUGCUUAGACGCCCUCCUGCAUACAGUGUGCAAUCCGGGAGACGGUGUCCCUGUUCCUGGUCCUUACUGGAUGCUUGAAGAUUGCCUCUGGUUCUGCGAGCAGCGGAAUCUGCAUUUCAUAUCCGACGAGGUGUACGCUAUGAGCACCAUCGAGCCAGAUAUGAGUAGCAAAAACCUGUCGCCUUUUGUUUCCAUUCUUUCUUGUGAUUCUGCCUCCGUUGGCUGCUCUCCUCGCCGUGUUCACGCUAUCUGGAGUAUUAGCAAGGACUUUGGCUCGAGUGGAAUUCGGCUGGGCUGCACGGUGUCCCAGCACAACCCGGAAGUAAUUGUUGGCGUUAGUCCGGCUUCGGCGGGAGUCUUCGUCUUCGCGAAGUUGGGUCAUGAUAUCAAUACCUGGGACGAGGAAGCACUGCUAGUCAAGCGCUGUAAAGAGGCAGGGGUGGUUGUCAGCGCCGGUAGAAGUUACCAUGGCAUCGAGUCGGAGAAGGGGGCCCCCUUGCUCUCUACAUUUUAUUGCAUCGCAACGCUUCGGUUAUUAUCCAACAUGCAAUCAACCCUUGAAACCCUCAAUCGUCAUUUAGCUUCGGCCCUGAACCUCCUUCGUGGCGGGCUUAACAAAGAAAUCCACUCUCGCUUGCAUAAUCAGGAAAGGGGGGUCCUUCCCGACAAGGACGUAGCAGAAAUUUCCUUCAAGACUAUCGACCCUCUUCAUUCGAUAGAGCAGCUGCUAGAGCCUGGUCAGCUCGCUUUGGCGGACCACUUUUUUGGUAAGCUUGGUGAUCUGAACACAUGGUGCUCGGCGAUACUGACUUGGUGUCUUUGUCAGGAACAACGGGAUUUUCACCUGUCACGAUGGAAACAUAACUGGAUCGCGCUGUAUGGCAACCAGUUCUACGAUAUGUCGCGAGGAAUCCCCAACUCAAUUCGGAAGGAGGCGACGUGCAGCCUGGCCCAGAUCGCAUACGACACAGACAAGGACAUGUUUACCUUCUUCCGGGAGCACGACUGGGUGAGCCAGCUCCAUCGGACUCCGGGAGGCGGAGCCACCGCACAGUCUCCUGGUAUUGUGGCUGAUUACCAGUGGAAGGAAGUUUCGGGGGAGACAGUCCUGGACGUGGGCGGCGGAGGCGGAGCGCUAAUCGCCCUGCUGCUGCGCGCUUAUCCUACUAUGCGGGGCGGCAUCUACGAUCUUCCCCAUGUCAUCGACCACACCGUCCCUUUCUUCCAUACAGAUGACGGUCAAUUUACCGACCUGGGCGACCGUGUGCCCAAGGAGAACCUGAUCCGCGGUGAUUUCUUCGACCACAUCCCCCCAUCCCGUGUUUACACCAUGAAGUGGACGCUUCACGAUUGGCGAGACGCCGACGCCAUCGCCAUUCUCCGAAACAUCCGCCGGGCCAUUAUUUCGGCGCCUAUCAGUCGGCUUAUUGUCUUAUAA